AUGAGUUACCUACAAGUCAUUCAGAACUCCCACAUAGUUACAUCACAAGAAAUGCAAGCUGAGUGCGAUGCUAUUGCCAAUGGUAUGGAGCCGCCUAAGCAGCCUAUGGGUUUUGCUGUGCCGACAGAGGAGGAUUAUGAAGACUAUUCUAUUCUUAUGGACUUCGGUCUUGUGCAGAGGAACAACAUCAUUCAAGACUACCGAGACAACCACACGAUGCCGAAGGGCGUCAAGCCUAAAGAGAUUGACCUUAUCCUCAUCUCGCACCUCAACCACAUCGACCACACGGGGCGCUUGCCGUGGCUGUAUAAGCAAGGUUGUAAGGCGCCGAUUUAUGCUAAGAGUGGUUGCCGAGAGAUUAUCAGACAGAUGCUUUAUGAUAGUGCUAAGAUUAUGGCGCACGAUGCCGAGGUGUUGUGCAACAAGCACAAAAUCAACGCCACACCACUCUACACAACUGACGAUGUUGACUAUAUGAUGACAUUUCUUAAAGAGGUUGAGUAUGGUGAAGAGGUGAAGUUCAACAAGAAUAUUUCUUUCUCUUUCUACUCAGCACAUCAUGUACUCAAUGCAUCGCAAAUUAGACUAACUCUUACAGAUGGUAUGGUUACUAAACGCAUAGGCUACACUGGCGACAUCGGCAGCCCUAAUCUCAAGCACUUUUACCUUGAAGACUUUCAGCCGUUGCCGUUCUGUGAUGUGUUGAUUGGUGAGUGUACUUAUGCGUCUGCACGACGCAAUCACAAGCCUAAAGACCGAGUUAAUGACAUCCACAAGAUGAUAAGCGUCAUUAAUGAAGCUAAAGAAAACAACGGCAGAGUGCUUAUCCCUGUAUUUGCGUUUGAUAGGUUGGAACUUAUUCUGACGCUUCUCUACAAGACAUUUAAUGGUAUGUCGCCGCUACCCAUCAUAGUUGACACGCCCUUGGGCGCUAAGAUAGCUAAAGAGUGGGGCAAUAAUCUUGUAGUUGAUGAAGAGUUGUGGGAUGAAGUAUAUCAUUGGUCUGAUACAAAGUGGCUUGAUGAUUAUGCCGACAGCUUUAUGCAUCAAGAAAGUGGUAAACCUUGUAUCGUGCUUGCAUCAAGUGGUAUGCUGACCGCUGGUCGUGCUUUAGGUUGGUUACAGCAUAUGCUAUCAGACCCCAAGAGUACAGUUAUGUUCUGUGGUUAUAGCGGCGAGGGAACUCUUGCUUAUGACAUCAAGAUGGGCGAUAAAAAAUAUCUUGUUGUUGAUGGCGUGAGCGUGAAGAAUAACGCUAAGAUAGUGUCGCUGAACAGUAUGUCGAGCCAUAUGUGCCACGAUGAGUUGAUUGAUUACUAUACAACGGUGCCUUAUAAUAAACUUUAUUUAGUACAUAGCAACCAAGAUGAAAAGGUUGAGUUUGCUAAUGAACUGAAGGGCGCUUUAAGCAAAGCAAACAGAACAAGUCGUGUUGUUGCCACGAAUAGUGGCACGAAGAUUUAUUUCUAA